GAAGUCAGCGCCACAGUAGUUUGAUGCCAUAUAUAAGCUAUAGGAUAGCCGGGUAAGCUCUCCUGAUAAUAUCACUCACAACGAGAUCCAUACUGAUAAACAUGCCCGGCUCUACACCAGAAAAGCCCAUCAACUGCGAGGUCGACCUUGACCUGGGUAACAUCGCAGGGAAGACUGUCAUUGUCACGGGAGGUGCUAGUGGGCUUGGUGAAGCAUAUAUCAGAACAUUGCACGCUGCAAAAGCCAACGUUGUCAUUGGGGACUCAAACCCAAAAACUGGCGAGAAGCUUGCAUCGGAGCUGGCUGGUGCCAAAUACAUUCAAGUCGAUGUCACGAAGUGGCAGGACCAAUUGCAUCUGUUCCGGCAAGCAGAACUUGCGUUCGGGCAGAUUCAUUAUGUCAUUGCAAAUGCUGGUAUCGCCACUCAGGACGACGUCUUCUCGUUCGAUGGACCAGACUCAGUACCAACAGAGCCCGGCUUGGAUAUCAUCCAUGUGAACAUUAUAGGUGUUUUAUACACCACAAAGCUCGCCAUGCACUACUUCAUCAAGCUUAACGGUACCACCCGUUCGCCUAAACAGGUCGACACUUGCCUUAUCCUCAUCGGUUCCGGGGCUGCAUUCCUCGAUUGCCCUCGUGGGCCACAGUAUUCGUGCUCAAAAUGGGGCAUGCGCGGCAUAAUGCAUUCUUUGCGACGGACUGCCGGUCUUCAUGGUAGUCGGGUGAACGUGUUGUCACCUUGGUACGUUCGCACCAACAUCCUCACGAAGGAGACGUUCGAUCAUGUCGAGAGCGCUGGUGUGCACAUAGCCAAGACAGAAGAUGCAGGGCAAGCACUGCUGCGCCUUCUUAGCGACACCAGCAUAAAUGGGCGUAUGCUAUUCAUCGCCCCGAGGAAGUGGGCAGCGAGCGGAUACGUGGAUUUGGAUAUUGAUGAGUACCCAGAGGUUUCACUCUUGAAUGAAAUUCAAGAAGACCAGAUAAAACCGGCACCAAUUUCUCUAGGUUUGUUCACCAGUUGAAUGUGGGUCUGCAUUCUUAUACCAAAUGGAGUGGUCCUUGAGAUGCUUUGUACCCUCAUGGAUUGUGGUGAAACUAAAUAUCGCAACUCUGCGCAAAUUACGCCAUAGUUUUC